UCCAAACUUCAGGCCGGUUCAAAGCAAUUUGUUUGAAAGCAUCAUUCGUGGUUCCAGAAUUGGUGUUAAGCUCCCAAACAAACAUGGAGGACAAGGAAGAAGAAAACGGCAAAAAGGUGGUCACUGCCCUCUACAGUGCUCUAAUCUCCAAGGACUUCGAUGAGGUGCAACGUCUACUAGCACCAAACGUCGAGUGGUGGUUUCAUGGCCCACCAAACCACCAGCAUUUGAUGCUUUUGCUCACUGGCUCGUCACCUCCAAACAAUACCUCAUUCGUCUUCGUUCCUCAACCCAAUAUCGUCGCCUUCGGACCGAUUGUCCUUGUCGAAGGCUACAACAAGGAACACUCGAUCUCGUGGGUGCACAUAUGGACCGUCACUGAAGGGAUACUCACCCAGGUGAGAGAGUAUUCUAAUACUUCCGUCACCGUAGCCCGAUUCGAGUCACAGCCUUUAUCAUCCCCGGCCGUUGACACGUCAGGGUCAGCCAAUCAUAGGUGCCAGAAUGUUUGGAAGAGCCAGCUCUCCCGUCACUCUGCACCGGGUCUCGUUUUGGCACUCUAAGUACGUCAUGUAUAUAUGUUACUUUCUAUUAUAUUAGUAAGAAAUU